AUGGCUAUUGAACUACUUCCGAUCCCUCUGCCAGAGACCGCAGACCCUUCCAAGUUCACAAAGUUUGGCAGGGAAGUCAAAGGACUCGACCCGGCGAACUUUACUCCCGAGCAAUUUGAAGAACUCAAGGAUGCACUCUACAAGUAUGACGCCCUUCUCUUUCGCAAUGUCGACAUGACACCAGAGCAGCAGUAUGCGUUAACAAAGGCUUUUGAUCCUGCUUCCGAGAAUUAUGGACACGGAAAUAAGCAGACUGAGGCUGACAAGAAGUCAAUCCUACAUCCCGAUCUCAAGACUAUCCCUCGAGUCCCACAAGUUCAGCUCAUCGGCAAUGGCACUGUUUACAACCACGAGGGGCUAGCUGAGGCCCGUUUAAAGCACCCCCACCACAAGACUUUCCACAAGAGCAUCGUGAGCCAGGAAGACGAAGACAAAGGCGUCACCCGAUUCUACCGAUGGCACAUCGACGCUGCACUGUACAACCUUUCGCCGCCAAAGGUCACAACUUUAUAUGCUCUCAAUGUGCCUCAGGGACCGAAGCAGGUUGUGAGGUAUGACGACGGUUCCGGAGACGAGCUUCCGGUGCCGCUUGGGACAACUGCUUUUGUAUCAGGCAGGACGAUGUUCGACAUCCUGCCAAAGGAACUCAAGAGCGUCGCUGUUCGUUCGCGGGUCAAGUACGCUCCUCACCCCUAUGUGUGGAUGGCCCCGGCUCGCGCCAAGUCGACGGGGCUUGGGAUAGAGAGUGACGGCCUCGAGUCAUCUUUUGACGACCUUCCUCCAUGGGAAGAGUCUCGUCGAAAGGUCUACCCUGUGGUGUGGAAGAACCCUGUCACAGGAGAACUCUCAUUCCAAGUACAUCCGUGUGGCGUAGCGGAAUUGCAUAUCGACCCUAUCCCUGAGGGAAACCCACGAGAUGGAGCGUUGUACCCGGACGGGGCCCAUCUCACGGAUCUCAAAGAAGUCAGAGACUUACUUUAUAGUAUGCAAAGACCUGCAAUAAGUCCAGAGUUCGUAUAUCCUCAUGACUGGAAAGAGAAAGAUAUGGUCCUGUUCCACAAUCGAGGACUACUUCACACUGUCGUUGGAGCUUUCAAACCAGACCAGGUGCGGGCAUUUCAUCAAUGCAACUUGGCUGCAUCGGAUGAGCCCACUGGGCCGACUGCUGACGAUGUCAAGAAAUGGGCCUAA